CCCCACCCACAUCCCCGAAGCUCAGGCCAUGUCUCUGCAUGUGGUCCAGGAAUCAAACCGUUUUCCCAUGGCGGCUCACUUGUACCGGCCAGUCAGUUAGAUCCAGAGAAACGAGACGAACAUGUGAACGAACCCAGCGACUCCUUGGAUGAGCCUGAGGUGCUGCGGGGUCUUAGAAUGCCUCCACUACAUCCCCAUCCCCAUUUUACGUUUUUCACUCGGAGCAUAUCUUGCCCGCUUUCGGGAAACGAACUCUUCACAGACGCCUCUCCAUCUCUAGUCGCCUUCCGUGAGGAUGGACCUCAGGCUCGUAUAAUCGCUCGUGAAGCCGAAGCCGCGGAACCAUCUGGUUUUCAUCAUCAACGGAGCGAUCGUAUGGUCCCGUCUUCUCCUAUAAGUUUUCCUCCUUUAGGAAACCCACAAGAACAGUUUACCACGAAUGCUCAUAACUUCGUACCUCCCUUUCCGGGAUCAGCGGGUUCUCGAUCACUCACAUUUGAUCCCCGUCCCAAGUCCAUAAUUAAUGCCGCGGAGGACGAGCACCUUGCCGGCGUCCACCGGGGGUUGUUGAUCGGCGAGAGUGAACAACUGUUCAAAUUUUACGACUCUGUGCCUGCGGGUACUGGGUUGACGGACUCCGCUCGCCCCAAUAACUAUGUGAACCAAUCACUCUCUGACAGCAAAUUACCAUAUUUGAACACCUCUCUCCCUUCACCUCAGGCACUCACAUCGUCGGUGCAAACCGAGCCCCAUUCAGUUGCACCCACCCUUGAAUACGAUCUCAUAUUGAGGAUUACCAGUCUUCUUAACCGAAUACAGCCGCCUGGCCUAACUGGACUUCUGUUUAUGGUUGAUGAUGAACGCAGAGUUCAGUUUUGGAGAAACCAUGUCAGGGAAUAUCCAUCUUGCCUUCCAGAUAGCUUCUUCGGGGCUCCAGCAUUUUCCCCGCUGGGUCAAGAUAUCCGUGUGCCCGCCGUUGCCCCAACUUGCGCGGUGGAAUUGGGAUUCUUUCGGGCAAAGACCUAGCAGGAUUCUCGCUAUCGUGGAUCGAUUGAAUAUUCCAUACCACCCGAUCCGUGUAGUUUUCUUGAUUACGACAUGUAUUGUGCUGCCCUUUUAAUGACUGUUGU